AUGUCUGUCACGCUCCACACGACCCAAGGCGACCUCAAGGUCGAGCUAUUCUGUGAAGCAGUCCCUCAAACGACCGAAAACUUCAUUGCGCUGUGCGCAUGUGGUGCAUACAAUGAUAUACCCUUCCACCGAAUUAUGCCGGGCUUCAUGAUCCAGACCGGUGACAUCUCCUUGGGUCCCGCAGCGAAGCCCUCCGCCUCCAGCAAGCCCAUGCUCGACUUCGAAAUUCCCAAGGGCGGCACUUCCAUAUAUCACCCCUCCGCACUCAAUCAAGAAAUAAACCUCCCGGCUCUACGACACAAUGCGCGUGGUGUUCUCUCAAUGGCUUCCCGUCCGGUUAAGGACAAGACGGCACCAGGUUCUCAGAAUGCGACGGGUCCGACCAUCAACGGUAGCCAAUUCUUUAUUACAUUUGCCCCGGCACCGCAUUUGGACGGCGCAAGCACAGUCUUUGGCAAAGUGCUGAACUUGAGUGCCCAGGAUGAAGGUGGUGAUGUUUUAUCCAAACUAGAGAAGGCCAACGCCAAGGUGGAUAAGAAGGGCAAGGUUUCGCAGCCCAAGGAGGGUGAUUCGUUCGAAGCACUUCGCAUUAACAACGUUACCAUACAUGCCAACCCAUUUGCCAAGUGA